AUGUGUGUCCUGCUAAGCAAGCAUGAAGAAUUGACCCAGUACUUGAGGAGCCUCUUCAUACCAAGUUCUGGACUGGAAGUGUUUGUUGCAAAAACAUCUGGCGGCUCGGUUCGUUCUUCAUCUGGUUUUGAUCAUAAUGAGUUUUUGCAGAGGAAGAUUGGCGGAUGUUUGCAGCCAACUCUCGAGACAGAAGAACGCAGCAGCUUGUUGAUUAAAGAUGAUGAAGAAAACGAAGAGCUAAAGCAAGAAAAUAAAGCAGAAGCAUCAAAAGAAGAAGAAGAAGUAGUUGAAGAAUGCUUUUGUGAAGAGGAAAAGAAACUCAAUAACUCGGUUAUGGAAGAUUUGGAUGGCGACGGAGGAGGGGAAAAUUGUAACAUCAAAGACGUAGAAAUUGAGAACGAGUCCGAAAUUGGGUGCUUGUGCGUAGAUGAAAAGAAACUCGCAAACUUGGUUACGGUAGAAUUAGAGUGCGACGGCCUUGAUGACGGAGGAGGAGGCGAAAAUUGUAACAUCAAAGAUGAAAACGAGUCGGAAAUAGGGUUACUAUUUGAAGAAGAAGAAGAAGAAGAAGAAAGCAUGGAGAUGUUGAGUAACGAAGAGUUGAACGACAAGUUCGAAGAUUUCAUACGACGGAUGAAGGAAGAUAUUAGGAUGGGCAGAUAG